AUGAGCGAGGACAACCAAUCCUUGGUAGCUGAGUUUAUCCUCACAGGAUUUUCAGGUCACCCAGAGUUGAAGACCCUCCUGUUUGUGGUCUUCUUUGCCAUCUAUCUGAUCACCAUGGUGGGUAAUCUUGGGCUGGUCGCAUUGAUUUAUAUGGAGCAUCGUCUUCACACGCCAAUGUAUAUCUUUCUGGGCAACGAUUCCUGCUGCUCCUGUGCCAUUACCCCCAAGAUGUUGGAGAACUUCUAUUCUCAGGACAGAAGGAUUUCCCUGUAUGAAUGUAUGGUACAGUUUUACUGUCUCUGCCUUGCUGAAACUACGGACUGCUUUCUUCUAGCGGCAAUGGCUUAUGAUCGCUAUGUGGCCAUUUGCAACCCCCUGCAGUACCACACCAUGAUGUCCAAGAAACUCUGCAUUCAGAUGAUCACAGGGGCCUAUAUAGUUGGAAAUGUGCAUCCCAUAAUUGAAGUAGGAUUUCUCUUUAGACUAACUUUCUGUGGAUCUCAUCUAAUUAGUCACUUUUUUUGUGAUGUUCUUCCAUUGUAUAGACUCUCUUGUGUUGACCCUUAUAUCAAUGAAUUAAUAUUAUUUAUCUUGGCAGGGUCAGUUCUAGUCUUGACUAUUACUAUAGUCUUAAUCUCUUAUCUCUUCAUCCUUUUCACAAUAUUCACAAUGAAAUCCAAAGAGGGGAGAGGUAAAGCCUUAUCAACUUGUGCAUCCCACUUUCUCUCUGUUGCAAUAUUCUAUGGUUCUCUUCUCUACAUGUACACUCGACCAAGUUCAGUUAAUGAAGGAGAUAAAGAUAUUCCCGUUGCUGUGUUUUACGCUAUAGUAAUUCCUUUAUUAAACCCCUUCAUUUAUAGUCUAAGAAAUAAGGAAGUAAUAAAUGUUAUGAAAACAAUAAUGAAAAAGGGAAAAUUUUGCAACAUUCUAAAAUGA